UUUUGCAGAAAUAUCCACACAAUUCCCAACUGCAAAGAAAAAACACAGAAAACUGUUAGAAAAUGGACUACAUUGAAGACUGGGUCGACAGAGCAAUGUCCUGCUUUUACAGAGAUCGUGACAAAGACGAUCCCGGAAAGCAGCAUGUGCAUGAUGACGUCAUUUUUGCUCCAGCCCCAUUGGAUCCUGCAAAAAUUGAUAAAGAUUUUGAGUGCCUUGUUAAAGAGCUCGGUUUGAACGAGGAAAAGCAGCAAGAAAUGCACAAUUACUCGAUGGAAAAGAAAAUGUCACUACUGGUUUCACAACAUUGUCUUCAAACAGAAGACGCGUCACACUUCAUUGGGUUCCUCAAAAAUUUGCAACAAUCAUUCGUGAUCGACUCGAACACCAUCAGACAACUUCAGGAACUGGUGAUUUCGCUGAGGACACAGAAUUAUAGCUACCUCGAGAGUUUCAUCUCCUCCUCCGGGCUCAAAUUGCUCACGGAGCUUCUAAAUCAGUGCCACCAGCAGUAUACUUUGGAGCAGCCAGCACUGUUCUUCCUCUACGCCCUUCGUGCUUUAUUAAAUUCACCGAACGGCCGAGUGGCAGUACUAAACGAUGAGCAGCACGUUCUGGUGAGCAUCGCGAGAGCCGUCGAUUUUCGAGAUUUCAAGUGCAAGAUAGUCGCGAUCGAAAUCCUAUCCGGAUUGUGCUUUAUUCCAGACGAAGGACACAUACAAGUGCUGAGAGCAAUCACAGAAGUGAGCACAUUGCUCGGCGAACGAACUCGAUUCCAGACGUUGGUGUCAGAUUUACACAGAACAUACUCCACAGAUCGCGACACGGAUCGUGUCAGAACAGCCAUCUUCGGACUGAUCAAUGCAUUGCUAAGAACUGGCGCAGCUGAAAACUGUGCCAUCUACCGCCAACACCUGCGCUCAGAGCUCCUAAUGCUCGGAAUGUCCACCACCUUGGAGCAAUGCCGUGAGGGAGCCUCUCAACGCCUCGAGGAUCACAUCGAUCUAUUCGAGAUGAUGCGAAAAGAAGAUGAAAUCUCAUUGGCUGGAAGUUGCACAAGCAGUGAUAUUUCAAUGUCUUCCGAGACAUCUUCCCCCAUUGAUUUUGAGUCAGUCGUAGGAAUGGCGGAGGCUCUUCACAUAAAGUUGAACCACAGCCAAGCGCUUCCCCACUUCCAUUCUCUACUUCAACACCUCUUCAUGGUACCAUCAGACGAUCAGCAUGUACCAUUAUGGAGGUUAUUUGACCUGAUCCUUCAACAUCUUACAUUGCAAACUACUGUGAAUGGGAUGACGGAUGUCAAUUCCCCAUUGCAGAAUCAUGUGGAUAUGUCGGAAAUAUUGGCACGUCUUCAGAAUCAUUGCGACUAUGAGCGGAUUGCAAAAGAGCUGGAGAAAGCCAAGGAGGACAUGGAUCUGGAGAGAACACGGAUCAUGGAACUGGAAAAUCGUCUGGCUGAUUUCAGCGAUGGCAGGGCUGGAAGUCGAAUCAGUCUAGCCUCCACUUCCGCCUCAUCCAGCCCAUCAGACCCAUGCCCCUCUCCUCCACUCCUGCCACCUGUCUGUCCUCCAGCCCCACCACCACCUCCUCCACCAAUCGGAGGACUAACUUCCCCGCCGAAAGACGCCCUGAAAAAUGUGCCCGAACCGCCUGGAAACAUGAAAACUCUAAAUUGGCAGAGAUUGACGCUGGAUAAAACGAGGGGAACUGUUUGGGAUGGAAUUGAUGAUGAGAAGAUCUAUAAGCAAUUGGAUUUGACAGAGUUAUCUGGAUGCUUUGCGGCGAGCUCUUCGCAUAAGGAUGAGGACACGGAUACGCUGUAUGGGACGAUAAAUAGAAGACCACAACAGGCAAAUAUCACCGUAAUUGACCCGAGACGCUAUCAAAACUGCACAAUAAUGCUCUCCAAGCUGAAGCUCUCGCACAAAGAAAUCAAGCAAGCGAUGAUGUCAAUGGAUGAGAAAUGCAAAUUACCCAAGGAUAUGAUAGAGCAAAUGCUCAAGUUUAUGCCAACCAAAGAAGAGCUUACCCAGAUCAACGAAAGCGUUCAGAAACACGGAAGCCCUACAGUACUUGCACUUGCCGACAGGUAUAUGUACGAGAUCUCGAGUAUUCCAAGAUUCGAGCAACGUCUCCGAUGUCUGAACAUCAUCAGAAGUUUCCAUGACAGAGUUGAAGCACUUGUUCCGUUUAUUCAAGUCGUGCUGAAAGCCACGUCGUCAUGUCAGCAGAACAAGAGAUUCCGCCAGAUAUUGACGAUCAUCUUGGCUAUCGGAAAUUAUUUGAAUUUCGGAAAACGAAAUGGAAAUGCUUAUGGAUUUGAGAUGGCGUCGAUAAAUAAACUGGCAGAUGUCAAAAAUGCACUGCGAAAUGAUAGAAAUCUCCUUCACUUUUUGGUGAAUUUCAUUGAAAAGAAGUACCCAGACCUCACAAAAUUCAAGAAGGACUUCGCCACCGUAACAGAGGCCGCCCGGUUUAGCCAGUCUGAAACUGCAGCUGAAAUUCGGAAUCUUGAAGAGGCGCUGCUCAUUGUGAGGAAAGAGCUGAACCUGUUAGAGUCCACCACAAAAGUUGAGCUCCCCGAGCACAUUCCGCCGGAGAACGAUCGAUUCGCGCUGGUGGCGAAAGCUUUCAUCGAGAAGGCUACUGCAGAGUAUCACAACUUGGAUAAAAUGUUCAGGGAGAUGAAGAAUAAGUUCUCCGAUUGCGCCAAAUACUUUUGCUAUUCCCCGUCCGGAGGUGUCCCAGUACCGGAAGAAUUUUUCUCGGUUAUCAACAAAUUCUUGAACACUUUCAACGAGUAUCAUCAGCAGUUGUGGGCUGAAGUUGAGGAAGAGGAGAAAAUUAAGCGGCAGACAAUUGCCAGGUCGUUUUUGGCCAAGAAAUCCACAACACGCCGUAAGGAAAACCACAAAGAACGAGAUUUCGAGCAACUGAUAAGUGCUCUCCAAUCCGGUGAUAUCUUCAAAGAAGAGCUCUCCCGACUAAGAACCUCAUUCCGGCCGAAAAAAACCGUCAAACCAUGAUUUAUAUCUGUAAUAUUUUGAAAACUGCUCCGUUCCAGUACACCCCAAAAUUCUAUCCCGUUGCCCUGAAAGCUUUUCCAUCAACCCUCAAAUCCCGUCAAUUGUUUCCCUAGCUCCUUGCCGAUCUCUAUGCAUUUCGACACAAAAAAUCGAUAAUUCUGAAAUAGUAUUUGUAUGUGUUUGUUCUUUGUAAUCAUUGCUCCUGUACCCCACUAUCGUCCCACUCUUUUGCCCAUAUCUGGUUAAAGGUGGACUACACCCUGUGGGGAAAUUGCUUUAAAACAUGCCUAUGGGGUCAUAAUGACCGAAUAUCAUGAUAAAAAAAUUUAGAAAAAUUUCCCUGAUUUUAUAUGAUUUUUUGAAAAUUGAAAAAAUCUCAGUUUUCCCCUAAUUCCUAUUUGAAUUUCCGCCAAUUGAACUCGUUCGUUGGAGCGCGCUUGCAUUAUUUUUGUUAAUUAUUUUUAUUUAUUUCCAUUAUUUCACCCAUUUUCUUCAUUUUUUGGAGGUUUUAAUCAGAAAAUGAAAGAAAUAAACAAGAAAACUGCAAAAUGUUUAUUAAAAAGUAACUGGAAACGCGUAAAACUCAGAAAUUAUGCGAUCCAACGACGACGAGCCUGAAAUUAGUAUUAUUCAGAGUUUUAGGCAUUUUCAGUUCUUUUUAAUAAACAUUUUGCAUUUUUCUUGUUUAUUUCUUUCAUUUUCUGAUUAAAAACCUCCAAAAAAUGAAGAAAAUCGGUGAAAUAAUGAAAAUAAAUAAAAAUAAUUAACAAAAAUAAUGCAAGCGCGCUCCAACGAACGAGUUCAAUUGGCGGAAAUUCAAAUAGGAAUUAGGGGAAAACUGAGAUUUUUUCAAUUUUCAAAAAAUCAUAUAAAAUCAGGGAAAUUUUUUUCAAUUUUUUUAUCAUGAUAUUCGGUCAUUGUGACCCCAUAGGCAUGUUUUAAAGCAAUUUCCCCACAGGGUGUAGUCCCCCUUUAAAUUAUGACAUAUUCUAUAUCGAUGUAUGAUGUUUCGAGAAAUAUAAUUAAAUUUUUUUUGUAUAUAUGUAACUGUGAUAAAUGAAUUUGAAGUUUUUU